GCGGCGCGCUCGCUCGCGUCCUCCUGCGCUCUUGCCAUCCCCGCGCGAGGCUCCGGAUCGCCAAGGGGCGCCCGCCGUCCUCUCCGCGGGAGCCGGCUCGGAGACGCCUCUUUCGGGCCGGGCCGGGCGCCGCUGGGCCGCUGCGGCUGCUUCAUCCCCGCCCCGAGUCCGGGGACGGAUGGACGGCGGAAGCCCAAGCUAAGAGGCGGAGGUGGAAGCGAAGGCGCCCUCUCCCCGGGAGCGGGGCGACUCGGCAGCUGCUGGCGGACGAGAACUACCUGCAGGUGGGACCAGAGGCGGGGAGAACCAUGCCACCUUCCAAAGAUGUUGUCAAAAUUGCUGUGCAAAUGAUGGGUGCCAUUCCCCAGCUCAUAGAACUGAAUCAGGCUAAGCCUUUGUCAGCCGUUGUGAAAGAAGUCUGCGAAGUGUGGAACCUGAAUAAUUCUGAGCGCUACGCUCUGCAGUAUGUGGAUGGCCAGCAAGCCUACAUCACGGAAUUGAACCGUGGAGAGAUUAAGAACGGGAGCAUCCUGCAGUUGACAACUGCUCCGGAUCAAGAGGCAGCAAAACUUCAUGGGGGUAUUCAAAGCAACAGUGUGGAUGUGAAGACUGACUCUUUGAAGAAGCUGGCAAGCCUUUCCCGGGAUGUGGCAUUUGCACAGGAAUUUAUUAGCAGGAAUGGCCUUAAUCAGCUCUUCCUGAUUGUGGAAGAAGAUAAUAAUACAGGGGAGAUUCUGGCGUAUGCCCUGAAGGCCUUUGUGGAGCUGAUGGAACAUGAUUUUGUUUCCUGGGAGACCCUCAGCCCCACCUUCAUCAAAAAGAUCGUGAGUUACAUCAAUAUCAUCCCCCUGGAUGCUUCCAUCCAGCAGAUUUCCCUGGCCAUCUUGGAGAACAUGGUGCCCACCAGCCGGGCUCUUUUUGAGCUGGUCAAGCAACAGGUGACCCUGGACCGCCUCAUUGCUCUCCUGCAAGUAAUGAACACGCAGCUGCAACUCAAAGCUAUGGCCCUUCUGAUUGCUCUCCUCCUCAAUGCCGGCGAGGCAGAAAGAAGGGACAUGAUGGACUAUCUAGGGGAGAAGAACCUCAGGCAAUUUAUCCACAAGAACAUUGUCCAUGCCUCAGAUCCAAUUGCGGAUGAGAUGGCUCACUACCUCUACGUCCUGCAGUCCCUCACACUGAACCUUCUGGAGCGUCGGAUGAGGACCCCAAUGGAUCCCUAUUCUCAGGAACAACGGGAUCUCCUCCAGUCUUUGCGCCAUGCUGCCUUUGUGUCUGAGAACGAGUCUUCCACUGGCAGCUAUAACACUGAGCGUCGACACUCUCUUUGUGCCAAGGAGUUCCGCAAGCUGGGCUUCGUGAAUAACAGUAACCCUGCAUUGGAUCUGCACCGGACCCCCCCAGGGCUGCUUGCACUGGACAGCAUGGUCUAUUUCUCCAGGCAUUUCCCAAAUGCCUACAGCAGGUUUAUUCUUGAGAAUAGCAGCCGAGAAGAUAAACAUGAAUGCCCAUUUGCUCGGAGUAGCAUCCAACUUUCCUUUAUGCUGUGUGAGAUUCUUCAUGUAGGGGAGACAUGUUCGGAGACAGCCCAGGCCUUCUACCCCAUGUUCUUUGGCCAAGAACACUUCUUUGAGGAGCUCUUCUGUAUUUGCAUCCAGCUGUUGAACAAAACCUGGAAGGAGAUGCGAGCUACUCAGGAAGAUUUUGACAAGGUGAUGCAAGUGGUUCGGGAGCAGAUCACCCGGACCCUGGCCUUGAAGCCCACAUCGCUGGAACUCUUCAAGAGCCGAGUGAACUCCCUCAACUACAGUGAGAUCCUGCGUCUCCGGCAGACAGAACGCAUGCAUCAGGAGGAAAUUCUACCUGUCCCGGUCCUGGAAUUGAGAGAGCGGUUGAAACCUGAACUCAUCAAGUUGAUCGAGCAGCAGAGACUCCUGCAUCUUUGCGAAGGGACCCUUUUCCGCAAAAUUAGCAGCCGCCGUCGGCAAGAUAAGCUCUGGUACUGCCGCCUUUCUCCCAAUCACAAAUUUCUCCAUUAUGGAGAUGUUGAAGAAGGUGUUGAAAACCCACCAAUAGAGGGCCUGCAGGAGAAAGUUUCCGUGGCAGACAUGAAAGCAUUGCUUGUUGGCCGGGAGUGCCCCCACACCAAAGAAAAGAGUUCGGGCAAGCAGAACAAGGAUCUUCUUGACCUUGCAUUUUCCAUAAGUUACGAUGUUGGAGAGCAUCUGAAUUUCAUUGCGUCCACGCGUUAUGAGUUCUGUUUGUGGACUGAUGGACUGAAUGUGCUUCUUGGUCGAGAGAUGGUCAGCGAAAGGACGCAGAGCGACCUGGAUAUCUUGCUGUCUAUGGAGCUCAAAUUGCGAUUGUUGGAUCUGGAGAACAUUGCCAUCCCAGAUGCCCCACCCGACAUUCCAAAGCCUCCCAGCAACUUAAAUUUCUGCUAUGACUUUACCCAUAUCGAACAGUAAGGGCUGUCUUUUCUCCUUAGCACACAGUGCCCCAAAGCAGGAUCUGCACAGCACGUACACUGCUUUACAAAUUCACCGGCUUGGUUGUUUGGAUCAGCCCGAAAGCCAGAUCAGGAACAUGGCAUGGGUUCUCUGCUUUCAUCUCACGUGCCAAUGGCUUCCUCUGUUUCCACCUUUCACCCAAGUAGCAUUUACUGUGACAUCAAAGUCGGGCAAACCACAGAUAACCAAUCCAGUUCAAACCACAUAUCAAAGUGCGGUUUGAAGAUGAGCAAUGACCACAGAUUACCUAAUUCAGACAUCGCAGCAAGUGAAGCGAGGCAAGGAGGAAGGAGUAUGUCGGCUUUGUUCAGUCUUCUCAACCGGGCAUUGGUUGAGUGUGUUUUUUCACUUUAAAUCCUAGAAAAUCAGUUAUUUUAACAAACGUUUGCGGGUGCCCAUUUACAUUGCUUUCUUCCAUCUAAGGUGCCAUCAAAAUUUGGAACAGGAAUUGCUUUGUCAGGGAGAGGGGUAAGUGGGCAAAUAGGCCUUAAGAACAGAAACUGAGCAGUGUGGAAAGAAAACAGAGAAAUGAACAGCCACCCACUCACCAGGAUAUUUGUCUCUAUGAGCUAGCAUCUGCAACCGGCGUUAGAAAGUUACCCAUAAAACACACACACACAAAACCCACAAGGGAAUUUGCUUUCUACACAGGUUGCUUUGUGCCUCAUUCUGUGAUCUUUAGUAUAAUCCUAAAAUGGCAGUCACAUAGAUGCCCAAUAGCUCUUCCGACACGAUUCAUGCCACAAGCUGCCUCAAGCACACGACUGCCCUAGCUGUUGCAUAUGGCACAAGCUAGAAUUCCUGUUGCUGCCUGUGUGAAAACUGGAGGAGUGGGCUGGCGGCGCGUCAGAACAGACAAAAGAGGCAGAGUCCUGUUUCUCAUCAAGCUGAGCCUUGACCUCAGUCCCCGUGAAAACAGGUUGCUGUUGGCUUCAGCUGCCUGAAACAAUAUGCUUCAUAAGGGCAGCCUGGUUGUUGGGUAAGAAUGAGCUUUAUUGGUUGGUUUCUGGCUCACAAACAGGUCUCUGUGUUCUCCGUUAGCCAUCAUUUUUUCACAUUUUUUGGUUUGGAAUUGCACUUCCCCAGGAAUUGCACAGGCCAAUUGGGGGUGGCAGUGGGCUUCUUCCAAUGCUUUCCUUAGGAAGAAAGGAAUUGAGGCAGUCUAGUCCCUUCUCCAACCCUCCCUAAGCUUUUGUAGUUUGAAUGCUGUCAAAUGCUUGCUCUGCCUUUUGGUACGUUUUGCACUUUACAAAAUUGCCCCUUUUGCUCUGCAAGAACAGGAGACGGCACAGCCGUGGCUCCGGUCUUCCUAAGCAAAGGGAGGCAUCUGUUCAAACUUGGAGCACAAUUAGCUUUCUGGGAUGAGUGGGUUUUUUUUUUUUUCCUUGUUUCUGUGACUGUUUGCAAGCACGACGUACGGUACAGGGAGAGAUUCCCGACGAUCUCUCUUUCAAGAACGCUUCAGUAAAAUGCAUCCAAAGGUAUGGUUUGAAAAAUCCUUUUAGGGUAUAGUCCUUGGUACAUAACAGUCAGUACUGUUGCUUCUGAACCAUACUCUCAGUUCUGCUCCAACAACAGCUGAAUUCUGGAUGUGCCAUAAAACGAGCAAUCCAUAUUUUUUAAAUUGCUUUUCCUUAUACUUUUUAUUCUGCUUGGCCUUGGCCGUUGUAAGCUGUUUAAGGACCAAAGCCUUGCAUUGUGCAAGACUGUAAGGAGAGGGGGGCGAUGUCACGUUGCCUCAAGCCAGGGAUUCAUCUAGACCAGUGUUUCUCAACCUUGGCAACUUUAAGAUAUGGGGACUUCAACUCCCAGAAUUCCCCAGCCACCCAUGAGGCUGAGAAACACUGAUCUAGACAAUCUCAGCCUGAUCCUAUAAUUUUCUUGAUGUACCAAGGAUUGGAGCCUGCAACCUUUAACUGACCAAGGGCAAGAGCACUUCAGCACAACAGUAGAUUGUGACAAAAAGAUUACAGGGAAUGGCUUCUUUUCAUAGUUAACCUCCUUUGUUUGUCUCUGUUAGCUAUUUUGAAAGCACACAUGGCUGUUCUUUACUGUUUUCAUGUACAUUCUGUGUAUGUAUCACAGAUUUUUUUUCCCUCACCCCACAACAGACAUGGGGUCCAUUGCACUGGAUCAAUAAUUUCCUUUUUCCCCCCCCUCAUCUCUUUGCCUAUGAUUUAGUCUUGCACCAUGGAAACUGUUCACUGGUUAAGAACAAACCUUCUCUGUUUCAAUAACUGCAGAAAAGGGGUCCCUGGGCAUCCCCCAAUUUUCUUCUUGCUCAGAUGAUUCUACUGUAACAAAUUCACUGUGGUACUGCCUUUGGCAUAGAAGCCAUUAAUCAUUAAAAAAAGAAAAAAGGACGAA